AUGACCCCCAAACCAUGUGACACUCGACGCCUCCUCAGACCCCAGACCAUACCAUGUGACACUCGACGCCCUCCCCAGACCCCCAGACCAUGUGACACUCGACGCCUCCUCAGACCCCCAGACCAUGUGACCGACUCAUCAGACCCCAGUGACACUCGACGCCUUCCUCGACCCCCAGACCAUGUGACACUCGACGCCUCCUCAGACCCCAGACCAUGUGACACUCGACGCCUCCUCAGACCCCCAGACCAUGUGACACUCGACGCCUCCUCAGACCCCCAGACCAUACCAUGUGACACUCGACGCCUCCCCAGACCCCCAGACCAUGUGACACUCGACGCUCCUCAGACCCCCAGACCAUGUGACACUCGACGCCUCCUCAGACCCCCAGACCAUGUGACACUCGACGCCUCCUCAGACUCGACGCCUUCAGACCCCCAGACCAUACCAUGUGGACACUCGACGCCUCCUCAGACCCCCAGACCAUGUGACACUCGACGCCUCCUCAGACCCCCAGACCAUGUGACACUGCACGCCUCCUCAGACCCCCAGACCAUACCCCCAGACCAUGUGACACUCGACGCCUCCUCAGACCCCAGACCAUGUGACACUCGACGCCUCCUCAGACCCCCAGACCAUGUGGACACUCGACGCCUCCUCAGACCCCCAGACCAUGCGCCUCCAUGUGACACUCGACGCCUCCUCAGACCCCAGACCAUACCCCCAGACCAUGUGACACUCGACGCCUCCUCAGACCAUGUGACACUCUACGCCUCCUCAGACCCCAGACCAUGUGACACUCGACGCCUCCUCAGACCCCCAGACCAUGUGACACUCGACGCCUUGACCUCAGACCUCCCAGACCAUUGUGACACUCACCCCCAGACCAUGGUGACACUCGACACUCGACGCCUCCUCAGACCCCCAGAACUCGACGAGACCCCCAGACCACUCGACGCCUCCCCCAGACCCCCAGACCAUGUGACACUCGACGCCUCCUCAGACCCCCAGACCAUACCCCCAGACCAUGUGACACUCGACGCCUCUCAGACCCCCAGCCAUGUGACACUCGACGCCUCCUCAGACCCCCCAUGUGACACUCGACCCCCAGACCAUGUGACACUCGACGCCUCCCCAGACCCCCAGACCCACUCCGUCAGACCCCAGACCAUGUGA